UAAUGUCAUCAUGAAAGAAAUUGUUCGUGAGUUAAAAAUUCAACGUGAAAUUGAUUUUCAUGAUAAUAUUAUUCGUUGUCAUGGAAUAACAAAAUUUGAAUCAGAAAAUACAAAUGAUAUAAUGAAGUACUUAUUGGUAAUUGAAUAUGCUGAUAGCGGGUCCCUACAAAACUAUUUGAAAAAAAACUUCAUUAAUCUUACUUGGAAUGACAAAUAUAACUUGGCAUAUCAAUUGGCUUGUGCAAUAUUAUGUCUACAUAAUGAAGGAAUUAUACAUCGCGACUUGCAUUCUGGAAACGUGUUAUUUCAUCAGAAUGCUAUUAAGGUAUCUGAUUUUGGAUUAUCAAAAAGAAUUAAAGAAAUAUCCAACUCUCAAUCAAAAUUAUUUGGCGUUAUUCCUUAUAUUGAUCCAAAAGGAUUCGCCGGACAGCAACCAUAUUCGUUAAAUAAAAAAAGUGACGUUUAUAGUAUUGGUGUGCUUUUCUGGGAGAUAACAAGUGGUAGACCACCUUUCGAAAAUGAACAAUAUAAUUGUGAUUUAGCCGCACGAAUUGCACAGGGUCUCAGAGAAACCAUUGUUCCAGGUACACCUGGUAAUUAUGUUGAGCUUUAUGUUG